GAGGGGGGGGAAGGGAACGGGCAGGGAGCUGGGCCUGGGUGAGGAAAACAGUGGCAAUGAUCUUAAAGGGAAAAGAAAACCUAACAACUUAGUUUCCCAAAUAUGCUACUAUUAUUUAGUGAACUAAGUCUUUUGUGGAUCCCUUUGCCCCGUUGUUGUGGAAACCAGGCCAAACUGUGACAAUUUUGUCAUACUGGCUGGGAGACGAACUCAGGCCUCGUGCAUGGCAGCCAAGAAUUCCACCACUGAACCAGCACUGUGUGAUUUGGAACACGAUGAAAAACCAUGAAACCAUGACAUCAGCCCAUUCCAUUCUAGGAGGAAUUAAAUCACAGCAUCACAGGGGUUGGAAGGGACCUCUGGAGAUCAUCCAGUCCAACCCUCUGAGAACUAGCGUUCUCGUAGCGAUGAUCAUCACUUUAUGGAGUCUAAAAGGAAGCUUUCAUUGAACACAGGGUAAUUCUGUACUGCACGCUGGGGAAUUGUUGACAUACUGCUGAUUGUUGUCAGGGAUAUUGAUUUCCACUAUCCAAUGCAGUUUAAAGCCCUGGUGAUGAGCCCAAUCAGCUUGCUGCCUGCUCUAUCCUUCCCCCUCCCGGCCAGCUGUGCCCCAUCCAGUGUCAACAUGCUCAGUCUCUUGAAGGUUCAUCUAUGCCCAUAGCACACAAACCCUGAGUAUGACACCACGACCACGCUUGUGCCCAUGCCACUCCCAGCCCGGCCCUCAGGGCUGCUGGUCACCGUGUUGCACCAAGUGCUGUUUGCUGCUCUGCUGUCAGCCAGGAAGAGAACGCUCCGCCUCGCACGGAUGUUACGCACUACUCGUGGGUGCUGUCAUCCCUGCUUGCAGCAGAGCCGUUCCCACAGCUCCUGGCACCAAGCCCGCCGCUCUCGGCUCGCACCAGAAAUUCCUCUACAUGAUUUCCAGGAAGGCGGUGGGAUCUUUCAUCGGCCUAUCUGCUGUUACCACAUUGAUCUGGAUUGCAGUUGGGAAUUGGAAAGUGCACUACCUCCCAUACUACCUUCCUUGCCCUGGAAUCUUCUCCAAGAAACUCCAGUAUUUGGAAGAGAAGCCAGUCCAGCUUUUCCCCCAAUUAUUUUAUCAGCAACCAAGAGUGCUGGCUCCAAAGCGCCAGGAUGUGCUAACGGUCACACCAUGGUUGGCCCCCAUCGUUUGGGAAGGUACCUUCAGCCCUGAGAUCCUGGACAGUGCCUACAUGCCACUGAAUCUCACCAUAGGAGUGACAGCCUUUGCUGUUGGAAAAUACACGAGGUUUGUGGGCCGCUUCCUGCAGUCAGCAGAGAUGCACUUCAUGAAAGGCUAUCGAGUGAUCUACUAUAUCUUCACCGACAACCCCGAGACGAUCCCCGAUGUCCAGCUGCAACCAGGCCGAAGGUUUAAUGUUGUGCACAUCAAGAAAUAUCCCAGCUGGCAAGAGAUCUCCAUGCGCAGGAUGGAGGCCAUAAACCUACACAUAGCAGAGACGAGCCACCAGGAGGUGGACUACCUCUUCUGCCUGGACAUUGACAUGGUGUUCCACAGCGCCUGGGGGGCUGAGACCCUCGGUGACAUCGUAGCAGCCAUACACCCUGGUUAUUUCAAUGUCCCUCGAAGCCAGUUCCCAUAUGAGAGGAGGAGCUCUUCGGCAGCCUACAUCUCUGAUGAAGAAGGGGAUUUCUACUAUGGAGGAGCUGUGUUUGGAGGGCUGGUCAAGAAGGUCUACGAGUUCACCAAGACUUGCCACAUGACCAUCCUGGCAGACAAGGCCAAUGGGAUCAUGGCAGCCUGGCAGGAAGAAAGCCAUCUCAACAGACACUUUCUCUCCCAUAAACCCUCCAAGGUGCUCUCUCCAGAAUAUAUAUGGGAUGACAGGAAGCCAAAGCCCCCUGAGAUUCUCCUCAUACGCUUUUCCACAGUAGAUAAGAACUACCAGGAGGUAAGAGAUUGACCCACCUGAUCUUUACAGAGAUGUCCUCCUCGUGAUCCAGCCUGCUGAAUGUUAGCUCCCAAAGAAGAUGUCCCACUCUGGGUAGUUUCUCUGGAGAAUGGGAGCCUUAAAGCAUUUCAGAAGCAGCAGCCAAAGUGGAGGUGAGAAUGGAAAGGUUUCUACGUUGCUAAUCUUUGUAAAUACAAGUGUCCUGCUGGGAGCUGCAGCACGCCAGAAGGUAUCCAAGGGGCCCGCUGUCAAAUAGAAGGCUGUCCUCAUAGCAAGGCUGCAAACGCCGUUGUCCGCAUGUUUUCCUGAAGCUUUGCAGAAAUUUAGGCAGGAUCAAAACAGGCUUUGGCAUCCCUGUGGAAAAAGAGAAGAUCCAGCUAAAGCGCUUUCCACUUUAAAAAAAAAAAAAAAAAAACCAAACAAACAAAAAAAAACCUUUACCCUGCUGCUUUUUAAAAAAAAAAAAUUUAAUUUUCACAUACAAUGGUUUAAACGCUUUGUAAGGAUGAGGAGGAAGCUUGCCCUCGGCCCGGGUUAUCCAUGCUCAGAGUGCAGCAGUCACAGAGCUCUUCUCAGCAGUGAGAUGCUGCCAGCCAUGCAGAGGGAAUCCCAGUCUGAUGGAUGAGCAGUGCCACUUCACACAGCACUUACCUUCCACUUCCAGGCUGUGUUUUGGGCACUGAAGUUCAGAUCGAGCUGGCACAGUUCAGACCUAGAGAGAGCUGUGGGUUUGCUCCCAUCACAGAUAUGCUCUGCACCUUCUCACCAGCUCACGCACCUCUGGGGCUCGUGUAAUCUUUUCCGUGGUAUGAGGGGUUCUUAUCCACUGCUUCAAUCCUUUCCAACUUCUCUGAGCACCAUGAAACCAAUCAGCCAGAAGCUGUUGGAGCUGACAGCGAGAGCUGGAACAUUUCCUGCAGGCAGGAUGACUACACUCCAUAAUGAGAUGCUCUCAUGAAGCUGUGUGUUCAGAUGGGAGCUGGAGGUAGGCUGGGGUUAACCUUUUCUUUGCAUGAACAUGACGAGAAGCUGACCCAGGCACUCUGCAGCCUUCCAAGCCUGAGAGCUCAUGGGGCAAACAGGUGGGGAGGGGAGAGUGUCCAACACAGGGGAACAGCUGUGCCUCGCCAGCAGCAGCUGCAAAAUGAAUCAUCAGUUGAGGUCACAGUGUGGAGGUCUAUGUGCCACCUCCUUGCUGCAGCACUCAGCUGUGAGCAUCUUCCCUGUGAGCUCCUGAGGAGUGCUGCCAGCGGGCACUGCGAGUUUAUGCCAGCCUCACGUGCUAGGAAAAUCCUUAUCUCACUGUUUCCAAGGACUGCCAGAACCAGGAUUAUUGCUGACCAUCUUCUAGUUCUAAAACGAUUGUGUCCAAAACCCACGCCUGACUCUAGGGUCUCGUUAUGUCGAUGGCUACAUGUGGGCAUAUGGAGUCCUUUGCAAGCCAGAAGGAGCUGUCUGGUCUGAUCUCCUGCACAGGGUAAGACAGAUAAAAUUAUCCCCUGAUGUCAGUAUCAAUGUCAUAACAUGCAGCUGAGCUGCACUACAUCUCUUAGAAAAGAAUUCAGGCCCAAUGCAAACAUCAGGUGAUACAGAAGCCACAAAGCCAUAGAUCAGCUGUGCUGAUGGUCACCUCCUCCUGUGCCUUAAUUUUGCUCCAAGUCAGGCUCUGUUUUCAGCCACUGGACUUACUUCUGCCAUGCUAGCUUAUCCAAAUUCCUGUGCAGGUAUUCAUAUUCACGUUGCAGUUCUGCUUGCCAGGGCUGUGAUUGGAAGCAGUACCCAGAGAGCGCCCAUGUCUCUGGGGAGCAGGAGAGUGUGUCUGCAGGAGGAUGCUGUGCUCCCCAGUGUGGUGUGGGAGAGGCUCUCUUAAUCAGCGCAUGUCUCUAAUUAAUGAGAGCCCGGACUUCUGCCAUCACCUCCCGCUGAUUAAUCCCCUUCCCCCAGCAUGCUUUGCUUCUUGUCUUUGCAUUGUGCAGCCUGAGACCCACAAGCUGGGGAAGGCUCCACAGGGAUCACUUUCUGGUUUGAAUUUUUCACCAGGGCUCUGUGGGGAAACUGGGGUGUAGGGUAGCAAAGCAGGGGUGUGGUGCUACUGUGUGCAGGGGCUGCCAUGGGGGGGACAUUUCUGUGUCACAUAUCCUUGUGCCAAGGGAACAGACUUGGAAACGCGCUUGCUGUACUGCAUGGGAAGUGAAUCAGCACAUGCAAAUAAAUCAUGGCCCAAAUUUA